ACCUCGGAGUGCCCUGGAAGAUCAAAGUAACACAUUUUCAACCAGACUGACGGUUUUCGGUGGCCUUUAUGUAUCAUGGUUUAACGGUUCUGCUUUACAAUGAAUGACCAUAGCAUACGUCGAUAGUUAAUAUAACGGAAAGGCAACUAAACUCGAGAUAAUAACUCAGCUACUCGCCAAGGUACCUGGUGGAUCCCCCCCCCCAACACACCAUGACCCAGCACCGCUCCAUCCAUCUGUUCCGGAAGGGCCUGCGUCUCCACGACAACCCGUCCCUGGUGGGGGUGUUGGAGUCGUCAGCGUGUGUGUACCCCGUGUUCAUCCUGGACCGGGGCUUCAUGGAGGGGGCCAUGCGUAUCGGGGUGCUGCGCUGGAGGUUCAUACUGCAGAGUCUGGAGGACCUACACAACAGGUUGCAGGCGCUGGGCUCCCGGCUCUACGUGGUCCAGGGGCCCUGUCUGGGGGUGCUGCGGUGCCUGGUGGCCCAGUGGGGGGUGACCCAGCUCAGCCUGGACACGGAGGUGGAGCCCCACUAUCUCCAGCAGGACCAGGAGAUCCAGGCCCUGGCCAGAGAGCUGGGCCUGACCCUGCGCACCGCCGUGGCCCACACGCUCUACGACGUCCGCAGGAUAGUGAGAGCCAAUGGGGGCCAGCCUCCCCUUACCUAUAAGAAGUUCCUGAAGGUUCUCUCUGGUCUGGGGGAGCCCAGUCAGCCUGCAAGAGACAUCACACCCGAGGACUUCCAGAGGUGCUGUCCACCCCUGGAGGAAGAGGGCCGGUGUGGGGUGCCCUCCCUGGAGGAAGAGGGCCGGUGUGGGGUGCCCUCCCUGGAGGAAGAGGGCCGGUGUGGGGUGCCCUCCCUGGAGGAAGAGGGCCGGUGUGGGGUGCCCUCCCUGGAGGAAGAGGGCCGGUGUGGGGUGCCCUCCCUGGAGGAAGAGGGCCGGUACAGGGUGCCCUCCCUGGAGGAGCUGGGCAUGCACACAGAGCACCAGGUGCUGUGGCCUGGAGGAGAGACCCAGGCCCUCCAGAGGCUGCACACACACAUGGAGAGCCAGGGGUGGGUGGCCAACUUCUCCAGGCCUCGGACCAUUCCCAACUCCCUUCUACCCAGCACCACUGGCCUGUCUCCCUACCUGGCCCUGGGCUGCCUCUCCGCCCGCACCUUAUACCACAGGCUCUCCAAAAUCUAUGCGCAGUCCAAGAACCACUCGCUGCCUCCCGGGUCGCUCCAAGGGCAGACGCUCUGGCGCGAGUUCUUCUACACCAUCGCCUCGGCAACGCCCAACUUCAGCCUGAUGGAGGGCAACCCCAUCUGCCUCCAGAUCGACUGGGACGAGAGGAAGGACCUGCUCCACAAGUGGACGAUGGGCCAGACGGGCUUCCCCUGGAUCGACGCCAUCAUGACCCAGCUGAGGCAGGAGGGCUGGAUCCACCACCUGGCCCGCCACGCCGUCGCCUGCUUCCUCACCAGAGGAGACCUGUGGAUCAACUGGGAGGAGGGACUGAAGGUGUUUGAGGACGAGCUGUUGGAUGCAGACUACAGCAUCAAUGCUGGUAACUGGAUGUGGCUGUCUGCCAGUGCCUUCUACCACCAGUUACCUCGCAUCUUCUGUCCUGUACGCUUCGGCCGGCGCACUGACCCCACCGGAGAGUACCUCAGGAAGUACCUGCCAGUACUGAAGAACUUUCCGUCAAAGUACAUCUACGAGCCGUGGAAAGCCCCGGAGGAGGUGCAGCUACAGGCUGGAUGUGUCAUAGGUAAGGACUACCCUCUACCGGUGGUGAACCACCAGGAGGCCAGCCAGAAGAACCUGGAGAUGAUGAAACGAGUCCACAACCAACAGGAGAGCACAGCACGGCUCACUAGAGACGACCCCAUGAAGAUGCGUUUGAAGCGGAACGACACCGUUGAGGACGAAGACGGCACGCCUCCCACCAAGCAGCGCCGGCCGACCAGAGAGCAGCGCGCCACGCCAGGCCCGGAGCCGGACACUGACGACGACAGCAGAGACACCGAGUGACCCGAGUGACCCGAGUGACCUGCUGCCCACAAGCCCCUGACAGGCUGGACAGACUGUCCAACAAGCACCGCUCUGACAAGCACAUCUUCACAUAUCCUUCCAUCGUUAGUGGUUUAGAAGCUGGCGUGAGAGCAGCGGACUUCUCCCUACUGAGGAGGCUGAGGUUACCAGUUGACCGGCGGGUUACCUCCCACAAACAGAGCAGCAUCCAAACCAUCGGGGUCUUUUUUUGUUUUUGCACAAAAAUGGCAGCAUGGCAGCUGUACGCUCCCUUGUGAAAAGACGUGGGCUGUGAGAGUGACCUAACCCUAAGAGUGCUCCUGCUUG